CAUAAAUUGGGUAUAGCACUUUUAAUAUUUAAUGUAUCUUCGGUGAAUUAUCACGUUGUUGCGACUCGAGUCGCAAACAUGCGUGAUCAUUAUUUUUCACAAUAGACAGUUGAAAACUUCAUCGCAUUAGUCCUUGGUAUGGAUAUGUCUAAAUAUCCAGGCUAUAAAGACUUUGUUUGGGCUAUUGAAGUAAAUCGAUUUGGUUUGGACUUGAUCGGUUUAUGGCCAACAAUCGACAAGGCAGCCAAAAAUAGCUACAUAUCAGAUCUUCGUGUUUCCAUCAUUUUUAUCAUAAUAGCGUUUGCUUCUGGUAUUCCUUUUAUAUGGUCUCUUAUACGAGUUCGCAGUGAUAUAAUGCUUGUAAUGGAUAACUUGCAAGUCACAUUAACUAUCAUGGCGGGUUUAUUAAAACUUAUUAUUAUACGGUGGAAACAAACAGCUCUCUUAUCCAUUAUAAAGAUGAUGGCGGAAGACUGGAUAGCAUUCAAAUUAGAUACACAAAGAGAUGUGAUGAUGAAGUGGGCACGGACUGCCCGCCUGAUCGUAAUUUGUGGUUACAUAGUGACAGGAUUUGGAAUCAUUGUGGUCAUCAUUCCUCCUUAUUUUGGCAUACCAUUUAGGCGAUUGUCGAAUCUUACGGAUAGCGAUAAACCGUUACCGCUACAGACGUAUUACUUCUACGACACAGAUCCGAGUCCACAAUUUGAGUUAACAUUUCUCAUUCAAGCUAUAACUAUGUUUCUGGCAGCUAUAAGUUACACAUCAGUGGACGCCCUUCUUGGGCUGGUGAUUCUGCACACUUGUGGCCAGUUGGAGAAUUUCAAAUAUCAAUUAGCCAAUAUGAUUGCAUCCGAAAAUUUUGAUAGUGCUUUACGUAACAGCAUGAUUACCCAUGUACGACUUAUCAGAUUUACCAAUAAAAUCGAAGAUAUAUUUGCGCUACUGAUGUUGGGGCUGGUAUUGCACUUUGGUAUCGUAUUUUGUUUACACGGGUUUCUGGUGGUCAGUGUGAUGACCGAUGACCAACGAAGCGAUGUGUCCUUUUCACGAAUAUGCUCCGUGAUAGCUGGUGUUACUGUUCUAUUAGCACACACAUUUCUUUACUGCGGUGCUGGAGAGAUUAUGACACAACAUUGUGAUGCAGUAUAUCAUGCUAUAUAUGAUCUUGAGUGGUAUAAGUUGGAGUCAAGGAAAUCAAGGAAUCUUAUAUUACUAAUGAUACGAGCGGGCGAACCCUUUCGCAUCACUGCAGGAAAAGUGAUACCGUUAACAUUGACUACUUUCUGCAGCCUAUUAAAAACGUCAGUUGGAUAUAUAUCGUUUUUAUUAGCAAAAUGUAGGUAAAGGACAAUCAAAAAACACUAAUUUCGUUUAUUACCGAAUGGAAAUAUAAUUAGUAUCAACCGUUUUCUACAAUAGUGGAUAAAAACGAAAUAUACAAGGACAAAGAAAAAAAACCGGCAGUGUUAUUAGCUAUGUUAAAAAUAAAUAUUCGUGGAAAG